AUGUCCAACACCCAAAGGCCGCCAGGCCUCCCCAGGCUCGGCGACAAAUGGCUCGAGUUCGUGGGUGAAGGCGCCGCCAACACGGUCUGGGCCCUCCAUUUCAUCGACGACAACGGCGGCGACGCCUACACCCAAGAUCUCCGCCAAUUGUGUGACGGCUUCCUCCUGCGCAUCCAGAAACACACCAAGGGCGGUGACAGCGCCAUCUCCGCCGCAGACCAGCUCGCCUACGUCCAAGAGACCAUCCUGCCGGCCUUCAACAACGACGCCUCGCUCAUCGUCCGGCAGAAGCUCAUCCAGGUGACCCAGCCCCUGAUAGACGAGUGCAACGCCCCCCCCCGCCGGCCAUGGACGACAACAGCCAGCCGCGCCGUGACGAGCCUUCCUCCGCCUCAUCGUCGUCGUUGCCACUGCCGCAUCCCCACCUGCCGCGACGUGCCGCCAAAUUCAUCGGCUCCCGCGUCGGCCCCGCGGGUGCCCACAUGCUGA